AUGGUCAUUGAAGGCACAUCAUCAAUUCCAUCGCAGUCAUUGUCUUCAAAUAACAUUGAAGCUGCAUCAACAAAAGAAAGUCCAGAAAGUACAAAAACAUCAGAAGGUGGAACAGAUACCAGCGGACCAUCACAGUCAAAAAGUGCUAAACAGGAUGACGAAAAUUCGAGGUUCGAGUGUAAUAUCUGCUUAGAGCAAGCGAAAGAUGCGGUUAUUUCAAUGUGUGGACAUCUCUUUUGUUGGCCUUGUCUUCACCAGUGGCUAGAUACACGGCCACAUUUACAGUUGUGCCCGGUUUGCAAAUCCGCAAUAAGCAGAGAUAAGGUUAUUCCUCUGUAUGGGAGAGGAGGUAGUGGUGAAGAUCCUCGGAACAAAACAGUACCACCUCGCCCAAAAGGCCAACGGACAGAAGCUCCUCAGAAUUCACAUCAUGGAUUUUUCCCUGGGUUCCAAUGGGGAGCGGAAAAUAAUGGAGCUGUACAGUUUUCAAUGGGUAUUGGUAUUUUUCCAAUCUCCUUUUUUGCUUCAUUUUUUAAUCCAGGAUUCGUUGAACGACGUCCGGAUCCACCUUUAGCAGGCACGCCGCAAGCGGAAGAUGAGCGAUUAUUAUCAAACGCCUUUUUAAUUCUUGCGUCAGUUUUUAUUUUUUGGCUUCUUCUUCUGUAG